AUGCCUCUUAAAACUCCGCAGCUGAACACAGUGACAUACGGCACUGCAUGUGCACCUUACUUAAGCACCCGGUGCCUGGUUCAGUUAGCAAUGGAAUGUUCUGAUCCUGUCGUGUCUAAGGAAGCUACAGAAUCUGACUCUCAUAAUUUGUCAAAAGAGUCAAGUGUACUGGGAGUACUGUGGGCACCUAGUACUGACACUCUCAGAUUCGAAAUAAACAUAAACAAAGAUGAACAUAAAGUCACCAAACGCAUAAUUCUAUCGAAUACCUGGCACUUCCUCAUCGGGCGGCCGCUGACGUCACUACCAAGCCCGCAGAAGCCUGAAAACAUGAAGAUUCGCACAAGUCCGGAAAAACCAUCUACAUUAACGUACGCUAAAGUGGUGAAAUUAGUGAAGGAUCACUUGGAACCCGUGCCAUCGGCGUUAGCAGAACGUUAUAAGUUUCGGCAAUGCAGACAACAAAAUGGCCAAUCCAUUGCCGAGUACGUGGCCACGUUAAAACAAAUGGCGAGGUUUUGUGACUUCAGUAGCGUGACUAACGGGCUAGAAGAGAACCUCCGGGAUCAACUAGUGUGCGGGAUUACCAGUGACGCAAUUCGACAGAGGUUAUUUGCAGAUAAAAAACUCGAAUACAGUAAAGCGGUACUGAUAGCGACUACAAUGGAGUCGGCGGAGAAAGAUUCUAGUGCGGUGGAAUCUACGGCGAUAGGAAUGCACUACAAUGCCAGCCAAAGUGGAAAAAAACUGUGUACAGCGUGCGGCGACACUAGACAUGAGCGUUCCGCGUGCAAAUUUAAGGAUUACGUGUGCGACACGUGUUCACGUGUCGGUCAUCUACGGCGUGUGUGUCCCGAAAAGGAGGGGCACAAAGCUAGGGCAAGACCAGGAGCGACCAAGAGUUGGGGAACCAGUCAGGAGUACGCAAGUGGCUCGGGAGGCCGCGGCUAUAACGAGAGGGCGUUGACCGGCCGGGGAGGCAGCACGGCCGGCAGGAGGCGGCGAGGCGCGCGCUCGGGCGCGGCGCCCGCGCGCCAGCACUGCAUCCGGGAGCACCCCGGGCCGGCCGAGGACGCCAGCUGGCGGGGCGACGGCGGCGAGGGCGCGGGCCCUAGCCGACCCACGGACAGCGACGACGAAUGGCCGAUAUAUCAAAUGGGACUGAGUCAAUAUCCACCGGUUUAA